AUGAAUGAUGCUAUUGACAAUCUGAAUGCUUCACUCCGAAAAGAACGAGAGUCCCUUGAGAAGCUUCGGGCUGAUAUCUCUGUUAGCAACUCCGAGUUUCAGCAGUCUAUUUCUUCAAGUCUUUUCAAAUUCCAAGAAGACUUAGCAGUUGAGAGCAAAGUCAUGGACAAACUUGCACUUCGUACCACUCAAUCAAUGAAGCUCAAGCACGCACAAAAGGAGAUUGAUGAUCUCAAAUCUUUCGCCUAUUUCUGUUCCCUAAAGGGUCGGCUUGCGAAUUUCAGAUAUAUCAUCACUAAUUUCGGAUUUCAACAAAAAAAGGAUGAAGUUGGUUGGAGUUUCAUCACAUGGAAACUGUCAGCUAGAGAUCCUUAUGGAAUGAUCAUAGUUGUUAAGGAGAGGUGGCAGAAUAAGAAUAUCAUUGUAACAUUUCACAAGGAUAAAUGGGUGUUGGAUCAGUUGGAGAACAAAGAGGCUGUGGAGGUACACAAUGAUUUUAAAUGGAAAAGAGGAGGGCAGAAUGAAUUUCAUAUCGGGGUUCACUUCACAAGAGAAAUCGUGUUUCCAUCUCCAUCUAUAUAUGUUUUAUUGGUUGAUCAAUGUUCCAUUACACCCAAUAAUUUGAGCGGAGUAACUACAGAAGUCUCUCUGGAAAGAUCGAUCAUCAAUCAGAAUGGCAAGGGAUGAAGGU